GUUGGGCUGUGUUUACUGGUGGUGUUGUCCUCCAGGUUUCCCACGGGUCGUGGAAUUUCUGGAAUAUCAUGGAAUUUUAAAAAGUUUAUUCCAGACAUGGAAAGUCAGGGGAUUUUAUUUUUUUUGGUCCAAGUCAUGGAAUAUCAGGGAAUUUUGUUUGUAGCAUGUUUAAGUUUAAGUUGCCAUUUAUCAAAAUGUAAAAUGUUAAUGCCAUAUUUUUCUUUAGUGGGUUAUUUCACGCGUUUCCCGCAUUGCGUAUUGUUAUGGUUAGGUUGUUUUUCAGCACCAUUUUAUCCCCUUCCCGCUCGUCAACUGACAAUAACUUCAGUCAAUAAAUGCAGUCACUUGUACCUGCUAACUAAGGCAAACAUGCCAGGAAAAUGUAAAUUUCAAGAGCUUUGGCUACAAAAUGAUCACUUCAAAGACUGGGUGUUAAAAGUAGACAACAGAAAAGCUAAAUGUAAAGUUUGUAAAACUACUAUUGAGUUAUCAAAUAUGGGAGAGGGAGCACUUCGCAGCCACGCAAACAGUAAGAAGCAUGCUACCCGCAUGAAGCCGACAGGAGCAUCAUCUUCGGCCCAAGUGCCCAUCACUGCUCUACUGCAGCCCACGCCAAGAGAACAGCAGUCAGCUAAUGAAGCUGCUCCCACCUCCAGCAGUGACAGUAGUAUGAGACACAGUGGAGCACGUCUCGGCUUAACAACAGCAAAGACCCUGGAGGCUGAAAUCUUGUGGUGCCUGAAGCUUACUGAGUCCUACUGGUCGUACAGAAUGCCACCAGCAAGGAAAGGACCUGUGUAUAGUGUGCAGGAUGUUCUUGCUAUCAUCCAAAACGGAGAGAGUGACUUUGAGUUGGAUUCAGACGACAGUGAUGCAAGUGAUAGAGAAACAGAUGAAGAUGCCGGUGAAGUGGACAGAGAAAACCAACAACCCACUGACUGCCCAGACGAUCAUUAUGAGGAUAUUGAGCUACAACCAAAGAAACCGACCAUGCCCCGUGACCGGUAUCGCUGGCUGAAAAGGGAUUUUGUCAGUCCCAAUACUGAUUUUUCUGGUCCAGAUGUCACGAGUGGUGAUGUUUCCAUCCACACACCACUGGAAUACUUCCAGAGGUUCGUGUCAGAAGACAUGCUUCAGGCUCUGACACAAAACACAAACGAGUACAGCUUUCAAAAGACUGGAAGAUCUGUUAACACCAAUAAAAAAGAAAUCGAGAAAGUGAUUGGAAUUUACUUGAAGAUGGGCCUAGUACAAAUGUCUGGAGUCAGUAUGUAUUGGGAGACAGCCCUGCGGUACAACCAAGUUUCAGAUGUGAUGUCACGCAACAGAUUCCAAGAACUGCUGAGAUCGUUACAUUUUGUCAACAACUUGACAGUGCCAGAGACAGAAAAGACAGACAAACUGUGGAAACUAAGACCUUGGCUUGACUCAUUCAGAGAGAAGUGUCUGCAGGUUGUACCAGAAGAACACAACUCUGUGGAUGAGAUGAUGAUCCCUUUCAAGGGGAAAUUCAGCGGCAUAAAGCAGUAUCUGCGAGGAAAGCCACACCCAUGGGGGUUCAAAUUAUGGGUGAGAAGAGGAAUCUCUGGCAUGGUCUGUGAUUUUGAGGUGUACCAAGGCAGUGUCAAUGGACAUCGAGCCAAAUCUGAACUUGGAUUGUCAGGGGAUGUUGUGAUGAAACUUGCUUCCACACUUCCAGAAGGGCAGAACUACAAAAUCUUUGCAGACAACUAUUUCACCUGCAUCCCAUUGGUAGUUCAGCUCCUUCGACGUGGAAUUCAUUACAUGGGAACAGCCAGACAGGUAUGCCUACUCAACUGUAACCUUGCAGACGAGAAGAGCUUGAAGAAGAGUGGGAGAGGAAGCUUUGACUUCAGAGUCGAGGGGAACCACAACAUCUGUGCUGUCAAAUGGUUUGACAACAGGGCGGUGACACUUGUGUCAUCCUUUGCUGGUCCAGAACCUGUGCAGAAAAUUAAACGCUGGGACAAAGCCACCAAAACCUACAUUGAAGUUGAGAGGCCUUACAUUGUGGGAACUUACAACAAAUUCAUGGGAGGUUUGGAUUUAUUGGAUUCAUUUGCUGCCAAAUAUAAGUACUGCAUAAAAUCGAAACGGUGGUACCUGUACAUCUUCUGGCACACCAUUAUUCUCGCUGUGAUCAACGCCUGGCUCCUCUACAAGCGAGACUGCAAAGCGCUCAAGAUUUUGCCAAAAGAGAUGUUGAACAGGAGACAGUUUCAGGCAGAACUAGCAGAUUCUCUUAUCCUGGUGAACACAACUCCAAUUAAACCAAAGAGAGGGCGACCAUCUUCAGACGGUGGCAGCCCAGUAACAGAGACGGUGACAUCAAGGAGCCCUUUGAAUGCUCACAAGAGACCGUCCUCAGAUGGGAGUGAACCAAACGGGACCCCAGCUAAGAGGCCAUCUGCACACCCCCCGGUGGAUGUGCGCAGGGACAUGGUUGCACAUUUACCAGUGAAGACAACAAGAGGACGCUGCAGACUCUGCAAAACUGGCUACACCAAUACUCUAUGCCGCAAGUGCAAUGUUCGUCUUUGUUUUUCAGAGGACAAGAACUGUCUUUGGGACUACCAUACCUGAACUUUGGGACUAUCAUACCUGAACUUUGGGACUAAGUCUGAGUUCAGUUUUGUAAAAACAUUUUUUCCUGUUUUACUAUAUUUAAAAAAAAAAAAAUAUGACUGUUGUGUGAUUAUUAUUCAUGAUAUAUACAGUUAUGGAGCUACAUAAGCAAUCAACUGUGCAAACGAACACUUAGUUGUUCUGUAUAUUUGUUCAGACAAUGCAAGUACAAAUACAGGAUUUCUGCUGCCCUCCCUGGCCACUGUUGCAAUAUUACAACGUGUCAUUAAAAAAUUACUAAAACAUAAACUUUUAAAAACCUUUUUUUCUGCAUCAGAGGCCUCCUCCAACAACAUCUGAAAGGUAAAAAAUGUUUUUGCCCAUUUAUUUUAAAAUUUGGCCUUCACAGGUUUAAGAUUGCUGGUGGUACUCCAU